CUGAUUGGCCGCCGGGAGCAGCUUUCAGAUACAAACUGCUCCGCCAGCGCGGCUCCGGAGUUGCGUGCGUGUGUUUGGGGGGCUGGAGCCUCGUCGCUGUUUACUAGGACCGAGGAGAUGGGCGUCAGUAGCGCAACUUCAAUAGUAAGUGCUACGAUUUUUUAAUGUAAUCGGCGCCGCUCUACUUUCUUGGCCGGAUUCGAAGUUGGCACCGGUAAGGCGAUGCUUGCGUUGCAGUAAAACCGAAGUUGGUUUUCCUCCAAGUUCACAGCCUCCAGUAAGCUGGCUGAGGGUUCAAGACUCUUCAUGCUUUGUUUGCCACAGAUGCCUUUUGAUUACGGCGUAUUGUUUUUUUUUUCUUCUUGUAAGAUCGACUAACAGGAAUUAACGCUUUAGCGGUAAGUGAUGGGCUCCAGGCUGAGCAGGCAGGACAGCCUAAACGGCGAGGUACAUUUUCCUAGGAAUAGAUCCCAGCGGCACGGCAGCUGCGGGGAAGCCGGGGUGGCUGCCAGCCGCGGCAGCGGGGACUUCUCCCUUUCAUCCCUGAUCAGAAGGUCCGAUAAGCUGCCGAGGAUGCUGCGGAAGACAACCCAAAGUCCCUAUAUGAGAAGAGUGGCUUGGAUUCGGGAGAUACAGACACUUCUCCGGGUGAACAAGGUGGAGCAGGCGGGCGAUAUACUCAGAUUACUUAGAAAGGACAUGGGUCUGGAGGGCACCUCCCUCACUGACAUCCUGUACAAGAACACGGCAUUCCUGAACCUGGUGGACCCCAUCUCCCAUGAGCUCCUGCUCAGCCUGGCUCGUGACAUGCAGUGCCCUAAAACGGAUGCUGAGCCCAUGAAGUCAUCUGAGAAAAUAUGCAGGCAGCUGAUCUACCAUCUGAGCCCUCACUCCAAAUGGGCCAGGCAGGGCACGUUGCGGAAGAAAUCCCACACUUGUCUUAAAACGAUGCUGCAGAAGAAGCUGUCCAGCGGCACCGUGGACCUGUCCGGCAUCCCACUGUCCAGCCAGGACAUCCACCGGGUGGCGUACUACCUCCAGAGGAACCGCGAUGGCCUGGACUCGGUGGACCUGAGCUUCACGGAGCUCCAGGACGAUGGGCUGCGGACCCUGGUGCCCCUUCUGGCGGCAUUGCCCAAGCUGUCCACACUGGCGCUCAAUGGCAACCGACUAACCGCCGCCGUGCUGAAGGACCUCACAGAAGUGGCCAAGGACUCCUCGCGCUUCCCCAGCCUGGCUUGGGUGGACCUGGGCAACAACGUGGACAUCCUGACCAUGCCUCAACCCCUCCUGGUCGCCCUCCGACGUCGUUUCGGCCUCAGGAGCAGCCUGCCCACCAUCUAUGAACAUGGCGAGAGACGGCACCAUGAUUGGCAGGUGGGGUAUGACGAGGAGGAAGAAGAGGAGGAGAAGGCCUCUGACAGGUCUGAGGAAGCCCUCAGAGAUAAACCAGAGUUAUGGGAGGUCAGAGAAAAUCUGCCCCAGGACAUGGAAUUGCACUGCUGUGAGAGGUGAACCUGCCAACAGAUCUUGCAAUGAAUUCGGGAACUUGAUGUGUAGGGAACCCAUGCCCUGACCCCAGCAGGACCUCUGGCCUCCACUGUACAGUGCCUGUCAUGUGUCCUGACCAUAAACUGUAGGUGGCGCUCAUUAGUCACAAUGUCGCUGGCUGGGGCUUCUUAUGCAGAAGGUUUCCCUUACAUUGUAAAGGAGUGAACGGGGGAUUUGGACAUGAACCAUCCCUCCUAUUGACCGCUAGUGGUGUCACAUGGACCUGGGUUGGGGGUGUGGAUUAUUAGCCCUCCACGGCGCUAUCCUUUUAUUCCCAGGGCUCAGGUGGCUGCACAGCCUAUGGCUUUAUUAGGCCACGCCCCCACAAGCGCUCACUGGCCCAUAUGUGGCCAAUGGCAGCUCACGUCCCAUAAAGGGGGAGGGACAACUUCUACAAAAGCCAGUGUGCAAAGAAGCCAUCUCUGGGAGCUUUAAUGAGCAGUACGGCGUGGCUGGUUAUUGUGGGGGGGAAAAAGAGUUUUUAUAAUUACAGCAUUCUCGGUGUCAGUUUUGAGUGUGUGAUGAAUAAUGGGGUUUGUAUUUCAUCUGGACGUGUGGGUCUGCUCUGCUCUGCGGUCUCCAGUCACCCACCAACGUAAACAAACAAAUACUCUGAGCUUGAUGUAGCAUCUUGUAUGGAUCUGUAAGGGAUUCACAUUUCGGGCUGCUUCAAGAAUGUUCUUUUAGUAAUUUUUUUUAUUUGUCUGUAUUUAUGCAAAGGCUUUUGUAGUGUUUUUGUGUUUGUGGUAUUAAUCUUUCGUAUCUGAAUCGUCACCGGCUGUUCAAUGCAACAACGGAUCAGUUGUUACUGCGGUAAAUCCUGCAUCAGCACAGGGAUAUGUUAGGCUUGCGCAGUGCAGACCGUCUGCUUCUCCCGCACCUGGGUCGGGCGGCAGUCUUGCUGCUAAUGCAUGUCGUAGAGGUGUCAGGUACCGGGCCCUGGUGGGCCUUGUGCAGGUCCAACCUGCCAGCACUGCUAGUGUGAAUAACACUGAUCUCUUAUAAGGGUUAAAAAAAUAAUAAAGAACAUGGUGAAAUAA